GCACCUUACAUAAUUGUCUUUUAUUCUAAUUCAUUUCUUAAACUUCUACAUACCUAGAUUUGUUUACGGUUUAGUGCGUUUUCUUACAUAUCACUAAAGAAGGUACCAAGGCAUGCUGAACUGCUUGAAAAACAAUAGACAAGAAAACAAGAGUUUUCUGACAGACUUCUAUGCUAAGAGAUUAUGAAGAAGUAGAAUGAAAAAACAGCAAAAUAAAGUAAAGCUUAUUUUGGAGAAUCCGUUAAAUGUGCCAUGGGUAAAUAUAGAUGUCUCAAUACAAGAAAAAUUAACCCAGGCGUUAAUCCAAUCUCUGCCUACGGCUAAGGAAGAUUACAGAAAACAUGGUUUGACGAUUGGUUUGAACGAGGUCAAUAUGCUAUUAGAAAGAUGCUGUCAAAAUCCUGAUCAAGAUUCAUUACCUCGAGUAGUUUUUGUGCUACAAAGCCCUGAAUCCAUACUUGUUGCACAUUACCCACAGUUAAUCGCUAAUGCAAAUUUCUAUUCGAAAAACGAAGGGAAAUGUUUAUUGGUAUGCCUGGGUGCUGAAGCACAGGUUGGAAUUUCGAAAAAGCUUGGACUUAGCCGUGCUAGUGCCAUUGCAAUAAGUAAUGACUCUUUCAUACUGUCACAGGUGAAUCCUUUAUUAAACGGGAUAUCAGCUCCUUCGGCUAGUUGGCUGGCCCAAGCGUCUAGUUACGAGCCCACCAAGGUUUUACGGGUGACUACAACGCAAGGUACAAAGGAUAAAAAAGGAUCAAAAGAAGGAAAAAAUUGAUUGUGCUAUCAUGACGGUAUUCUAGACAGGUUAGCUAUGCAGUGAGUGAAAGUAAACAAAACCUAAAACAAUUUUUUUUUAUGUAGAAUCAAAAAAUGAUUACUGGUAGCUUUCAUUUGAUGGCGUCUGCAUGGCCGAAGUAAAUUCAUGAAGUAAGCGAUCUUGCUUUUGCAACAUGAAAAAUUUUGUAUAUCUAGUGGUGUUAAUAAGAUAAGGUAAUAAGAUUUUAC